CGCUCGCUUUCCGGAUAGAGGCUUCAACCGCGGUAAUCUCAUCAACCUCUCCUGCUCACAUUACAGCCCUUUCUUCAAGGAGAAGUGUCACGUCUAUCUUCCCUGAUAUAUCCAAGAUAGAGCAGAGUGCAGAGACCGGAACGGGAAACAUGACUUCAACUGCAGACCUUCGCGUGCCAGCGCUGUACAACUUCGCCAACCAUGUCGUUCUCGUAACUGGAGGCGGCUCUGGCCUCGGCGAGAUGGCUGCUCAAGGAUUCGUUCAGAACGGUGCCAAAGUUUACAUCGCAAGCCGCAAAGAGUCCGAAUUGAAGAAGGCCUCAGAUCGACUAAAUCAGCUUGGGCCGGGCAAGUGCGAGUACAUCGUGGCGGACCUAAAGGACAGAGCUGGGUGUGAUGCCCUGGUCAAGGAGGUCAAGAAGCGAACUGAUCGCUUGACCGUCCUGGUCAACAAUACUGGCGUCACCUGGGGAGCAGCAUACGAUGAUUUCCCGGAGAGCGGUUGGGACAAAGUAAUGGCAUUGAAUGUCAAGUCCAUCUUCUACAUGACUGCCGGAUUACACGACUUGUUGUUGAAGGACACCUCCGCUGAUAUGCCCUCUCGGGUGAUCAAUAUCGCGUCCAUGGCGGGCAUCAUGACGAGCGAUGUCACUACGGGCGAUGAUGGAGGCCUGGCUGCUCCUGGAACAGGCACCUUCAGCUACGGUCCGUCCAAGGCCGCCGCCAUUCACUUAACCAAAUUGCAGGCUUCCAAGUUGGCUCCUCUCAAUGUCAUGGUCAACUGUGUCUGCCCCGGUGUUUUCCCGUCACGCAUGACGAACUUCGGUAUCCAAAAGUACAUGGACACAUUAUUGGAACGACAGCCUACAGGCAGAGUAGGGAAACCGUCCGAUCUUGCUGGGAUCAUCCUUUUCCUCAGCAGUGUUGCCUCUUCGCACAUGACGGGCAACGUCAUUGAAGUUGAUGGCGGGUCAACAUUGACAGGUUGGAGAGUGAAGAGGAAGAGCGGUAGUAAGAUAUAGUAUGGGCGAGGACUUAAGUGUCCCAAGCCUGAUGCACUUCUAGCGAUGGUGCGACAGUCCGAAA